GGAUAUUUUGUUGUUUAUCAUUAUCAUACACGGCGCCGUUAAUUUACAGAGAAUUAGAAAUGCGUAAAGCAAUAAGAUCUUGCUCGAUCCCUUGCUGAUCCAAAAGUUUUCAUCUUUUUAUAUAUAAUUGUUGAAGAAGAAGAAGAAACGCGAGGAAGAUAGAAAGUCUGGGUUUGUUUUAUUGGUUUAAGACGCGAUCGCAGAAAGUAGAGGGAGAAGGAAAAAGGGAUAUUCGAAACCCUAAUGUCGAUUGUAUCCCUAACUUCUAUCUAAUCAUCUGUUGAUACCCAAAAACAAAAACCUCAACUUUUUCUGAUUUAGUGAUUCUUUGACAUCAAAGUUCGAUUUUUUUCUUCUGGGUUUGGGGCCUCAUGGGGUUCUUAAAGAAGUUAACCGGAAUUUUCGGGUUCGGGCAUAACGACGGUGGCCACGGAGUUGAAGAUGGUGCAGGAGACAACACUGGAAAAGUCUCUGGCGACGGAGAUAAACACCGGGAUGGUAAUCAGCCGCGGUUCCAUGAAACGGGACUUCCGAGGAAAGGUUUUGGAGUACCGGUUCAAGUCGCAGUUGAACGGUCCAGUCCUGGUCCUAUUCUUCAGCCUUGUCCUGCUUCAGACGGUGUAGUUCAGGGACUACGAUGGUAUUCAAUGCGGCUAAAGAUUGAUGAAGACGGAGAUGUUGCGGAUGAGUUCUUGGAAGAUCAUACCUGUAAGGAUUUGCCAAGAAGAUGCAGAACAAAAGCUGCAAAAGUGAGUGGGUUAGUGAUAUCUUCUGAUGGGAAACUUCAGCCACUGAUGCAUUGAAGAAUGAGCGACUAGGAGAAAGAUUUGCUGAUUAGUGUGAUUGAAUCAGAGAUUAAGGUUCAUUUAGCCAUUCAAUCUCGACAUAAAUCGAAUAGAAUCUGGCUGUUGAUACUUGACAACUCAAAAUUAUAAUGUAACUGUGAAUUCUGUUUUUGAAAAGAGACAAGUGAAACUCUUUGGGAUUGCCUGAAAA